GCGAGAGACUUGGACAGGAGGUGCAUCUUGCCCGGGGAAGGCUGAACGAAUGAGAGCUCGGUCCCUGAAAUUGUUCCAACUGCUGGUGUUCUGCAAGAUGGAGCCAGGAGGAGAGCCCACAGGUGCUAAAGAGAGCAGUACCCUGAUGGAGUCCCUUGCAGCUGUGAAGGCUGCUUUCCUGGCGCAGGCCCCGAGUGGCAGCCGGUCAGCCGAGGUGCAGGCAGCUCAGAGCACGGAGCCUGCUGCAGAGGCAGGCGCUCCCGAGGGAGAGGGCCACAGAGGGGGGCCUCCCCGGGCGUUGGGGUCUCUUGGCCUUUGUGAAAACGAGGAAGCCAGAGAGAGGCCCGGAGGUUCCCCUCGAGGCCCGGUCAUUUCUGAGAAAACUGGAGGACAGAGUGGCCGCGAGUCAGACGUCCCUCCGAACGCAGGCCCCGGGGCAGAGGGCGGGGGCAGCUGGAAGGGGCGGCCUUUCCCGUGCAGCGCCUGUGGCCGCAGCUUCAAGUGCUCCUCGGACGCGGCAAAGCACCGGAGCAUCCACUCGGGGGAGAAACCGUACGAGUGCAGCGACUGCGGGAAGGCCUUCAUCCACAGCUCGCACGUGGUCCGGCACCAGCGGGCGCACAGCGGGGAGAGGCCCUACGCGUGCGCCGACUGCGGCAAGGCCUUCGGCCAGAGCUUCAACCUCCUCCGGCACCAGCGCGUGCACACGGGCGAGAAGCCCUACGCGUGCGCCGACUGCGGCAAGGCCUUCGGCCAGAGGUCGGACGCCGCCAAGCACCGCCGCACCCACACCGGGGAGAGGCUGUACGCGUGCGGCGAGUGCGGGAAGCGCUUCCUGCACAGCUCGAACGUGGUCCGGCACCGGCGGACCCACCACGGGGAGAACCCGUACGAGUGCCGGGAGUGCGGCCAGGCCUUCAGCCAGAGCUCCAACCUCCUCCAGCACCAGCGCGUGCACACGGGGGAGCGGCCCUUCGCCUGCCAGGACUGCGGCCGCGCCUUCAGCCGCAGCUCCUUCCUCCGCGAGCACCGCCGCAUCCACAGCGGGGAGAAGCCCCACCAGUGCGGCCACUGCGGGCGCGCGUUCCGGGCGCUGUCGGGCUUCUUCCGGCACCAGCGGCUCCACACGGGCGAGAAGCCGUUCCGCUGCACCGAGUGCGGCCGCGCCUUCCGCCUGAGCUUCCACCUCAUCCAGCACCGGCGGGUGCAUGGCGCCGAGUGAGCCGGGGCUGCGGCGGAAGAGAUGCGGGCGGCCUGGUGGGCGCGAGGCCGAGGCCGGGGGAGGCUCCUGUCCGCCCCGUGCGCGGUGAGGAAGUAACAGCCGGCUGCGCGCCUGGUUCUCGGGCUGCGAAAGCCUCGCCAGGCCUGCAUCCGCCUUGGCUUGGGAGCACUCAGGAGAGGCAGGGCUCGGGGAAGGCGAGCGCCGCCCGCGGGAGGCGAUUCCCAGAGGCGGGGAGGUCUCAGGGGUCUGUCCCGGGCCGGCCGCCCGUCUCCGAGACUCCCCGCCUCCCACGGUCAGCUGCUGCGGGGCAGUGGCCGGUGAUUGAAUCGGUCAUUCCUCCGCAACCAGGCCUCCAUCAAAACCCUGCAUGAGAUGAGGGCCUCGGGCUUCGGGUUGGUGAAGGCGGGGUGGGGGGGCAGUUAGGAAGGGGGCGCCCAGACAGGGCAUGGAAGCCUCGCGUCCUCCCCCGUACCUUGCGGGUCGGUGGUUCAUCCAUGUAUUUCAACGCCUUUUCACAGCCGAUUCAUAUGGUCCCGACUUCUGUGUGCUUAGAAAAUUAUGGAACUUGGCCGGGUGCGGUGGCUCCCGCCUGUAAUCCUAGCACUUUGGGAGGCCGAGGCGGGCGGAUCACACGGUCAAGAGAUCAAGACCAUCCUGGCCAACAUGGCAAAACCCCCAUCUCGACUAAAAAUACAAAAAAUUAAUUGGGCGUGGUGGCGUGCGCCUGUAAUCUCAGCUACUUGGGAGCCUGGGGCAGGAGAAUCACUUGAACCUGGGAGGCGGAGGUUGCAGUGAGCGGAGAUCUGGGCACUGUACUUUAAGCCUGGGCGACAGAGAGACCCAUCUCAAAAAAAAAAAAUUAUGGAACCUGAGAAGGGGGUCGUGGGGUCCCCGGGGCCCACCGUCUGCACUUGGCAUCUGAAGUGGGGGUGGUCUUGUGGGACUGACCCCUUACCCUGUGGGUUCUGCACUAGCUCCGGGCAAUUGGUGACAGAAUCGAGUUAAAUUGUAGGACAUCGCGUUGGUGUCUGAGAGAGAGUUGGAGAGCUGGUUGGUGUGGAGGGAAAGGCUUACACACAUGUGAUCUCAGAAGCGUUCUGUGGGUAGAGGAAUCGUUUUCUCUUUGAGACUGUUAUGAGUAUGUACAAAUGUUAUUUCCUGUAAAAUAUUUUCAUUUUUUAAAAUGUUAUGUUCUAGAUAGAAAAGUAGAAGUGUCUCUUUGGGGAGCGUUUUUGGGGGCGUAUAGUAAAGCUCUGUCAUCAUGAAUUAAGCGAGGUGGGCUUUGAGUUUCUUGGGAUGACAGGGAAAUGUGAGCUGCCUACUGGCCGUGAGCCCUGGGGUGCAGUGGCAGGAUUCGCCCAUCCUGGUCUGGGUGUGGCUUGUGACCACCUCCUGCAGUUCUCUGCCCAGGUAAGGACUAAUUGGGAAGAAUUCUGGGUCCUGAGCUGGCUGCCGCUUCCAAGACAGUUGCUUUGAGGGCUCUUGGCACCGAUUUUGUUAAAAUGCAUGAGCUUAGGGUUGUGCAGCCUGUAGGGGCAGGGGUGCUCUCAGAAUGGAUUUGAUGGCCCCACCGUUAAUUAAGCUCCUGACCCCUGGGCCGGUGGUGAGGUGGGAAGAUGAGCCUGUGUCUCCCAUGCUGAGCCAAGAUCCUCAGGUACCAGUAGCGGUCAAAGCACCUGCUCCCUGAAGGAAGCUUACCUGGCUUAGCCUCAUCCCUGCUCGUUAAGUCAGGCAUUCAGCUUGCAAAGAUCCCCAAGCACACAAGGAGAGUCAGCUGACUGAGGGCCAACAGAAACAGCAGGCAGCCGCUGUCAGCCACAAAGAAACGCAGAUCCUGAAACUGUCAUCAUACAGGUGAGAGGAUAGUUAUGUGUGAGGUGUUCAAAGAAGUCGCGCAGUCAGUGAUGAGAAAGCUGUAGGGUACAUACUGUCAUGCGUGAAUAGGCAGGACUCCUUAAAGAACUUUUGGAAAUGAAAAACAGGCCAGGUGCAGUGGUUCAUGCCUAUAAUCCCAACACUUUGGGAGGCCUAAGGGGGAGGAUCACUUGAGCCUAGGAGUUCAAGACCAGCCUAGGCAACAUAGGGCUGGGCAUGGUGGCUCACGCCUGUAAUUCCAGCACUUUGGGAGGCUGAGGCAGUGGAUCACCUGAGGUCAGGAGUUUGAGACCACCCUGGCCAACAUGGCAAAACCCCAUUUCUACUAAAAAUACAAAAUUAGCUGGGCAUGGUGGCCCACAUCUGUAAUCCCAGCUACUCGGGCAGCUGAGGCAGGAGAAUCCCUUGAACCUGGGAGGCAGAAGAUGCAGUGAGCCGAGAUCACGCCAUUGCACUCCAGCCUGGGCAAAAAGAGCAAAACUCCAUCUUAAAAAAAUAAAUAAAUAAAGGAAAAUGAGCCGAGUGAUGGUCUUAGAUAUAAGAUGGAAUGGCAAGCAAAUAAAAUUAUAAAUAUGAAUACAUAUGUAUAUAUAAAAGAAUAGUGUCAACUAAAAUACUAGACAACAAUAGCAUGUAAAUUAGAAGGGACAGAAAUGUUCUAAGACCCUCCGGUUGUUGGGAAGAGGGUGUAAGAUAGUGUUUAAUUUGACUUUGAUAAGUUAAAUGUGCAUAGUGUAAUUUAAUGUUAAUUACUAAAAGAGUGUAACCAGUCUAUACAUCUCUAAUCCAAUAAAAAGAAUAAAACACUGUGAUUUAAAAUGUAGUCCCAGCUGCUUGGGAGACUGAGGCAGGAGGAUCUCGGCUUGGAUCCUCAGACCAGGAGUUUGAGGCAGCAGUGAGCUGUGAUUGUGCCGCUGCACUCCAGACUGGACAACACAGUGAGAGCCCAUAAAAUAAAUAAAUGAACUGAACACAAACUUCUGUCAAUUAAAAAAUAAGAAAAAAAAUCAGGCUGGGCCUGAGUGCUGUGGCUCACACCUGUAAUCCCAGCACUUUGGAGGCCAAGGUGGGUGGAUCGCUUAAGCCCAGGAGUUCGAAACCAGCCUGGGCAACAUGGGGAGAACCUGUCUCUACAAAAAAUACAGUAAGUAAGCCUAUAGUUCCAGCCACCUAGGAGGCUGAGGUGGGAGGAUCACCUGAGCCCGGGAGCUCGAGACUGCAGUGAGCUGUAGUCACACCACUACACUCCAGCCUGGGCAAAAGAGUGAGACCCUCUCUCAAAAAAGAAAAAAAAUCAGAAACAAACUGGGCAAAUUAAGAUGGUGGAAACAAAACUAAAUAUGUCCCUAACCACAGUAAGCUGUAUAGAAUUGCCGGUUGACAGGUAAAGCUUAGGACUGGGUGCAGUGGCUCAUGCCUGUAAUCCCAGCACUUUGGGAGGCCGUGGUGGGUGGAUCACCUGAGGUCAGGGGUUUGAGACCAGCCUGGCCAACAUGGUGAAACCCCGUCUCUACUAAAAAUACAAAAAUCAGCCAGUUGUGGUGGUGCAUGCCUGUAAUCUCAGCUACUCGGGAGGCUGAGACAGGAGAAUGGUUUGAACCUGGGAGGCGGAGGUUGCAGUGAGCCAAGAUUGCGCCACUGCUCUCCAGCCUGCGUGACAGACUGAGACUGUCAUACACGCAAACACACAUAAAGAUUAGGAGGAAAAUCCGUGACCCAGAGUCACACACAUGAAGACAGACAGGAGGGAGGCGUGAGUCAACCAGGGGGAGGAAAGGCAAGCUCAGGUGCCAUGUGAAGCCCAGAACAUUGUUUUAAAAAGGAAACUCAAAAAUAAUGAUGGGCCAGGCGUGGUCGCUCACCCCUGUAAUCCCAACACUUCGGGAGGCAGAGACGGGCGGAUCACUUGAAGUCAGGAGUUCGAGACCAGCCUGGCCAACAUGACAAAACUCCAUCUCUAUUAAUAAUACAAAAAUUAGCCAAGUGUGGUGGUCUGCGCCUGUAAUCCCAGCUACUUGGGAGGUUGAGGCACGAGAAUCGCUUGAACCUGGAAGGCGGACGCUGCAGUGAGCCGAGAUUGCGCCACCGCACUCCAGCCUGGACUUCACUCAACCUGGGAGGCAGAGGUUGCAGUGAGCCAAGAUCGUGCCACCAACUCCAGCCUGGGCGUCACUCAACCUGAGAGGCGGAGGCUGCACUGAGCCAAGAUCACACCGCUGACUCCCAGCCUGGGUGUCACUCAGGCUCAGUGAGACUCCACCUCGAAAAAAAUUAAAAAAUAAUAAAAAUGUCUUAGAGAUGGAAAUGUAAUGGGCAAAAUUAAAUUAGCAAGAAGGUGGAAAGUGGAGAAAAUCUGUUUGAAAGAAUGAAAAGACAAGAAGGUGGGUGACAGGAUAGAAAGAUUAAGACUAACAGGAAUUCCAAGGAGGGGAAAACAAAAACAGAAAAUGGUGGGAAGGAAGUUAUUAGAGAAAUAAUUUUCCCCCAGAACCGAGAAACAUGAAUCUCCAGAGUAAAAGCACCUACUGAUAUCUCGCACAAAGAUGGAAGGAACGACCUACAUCCAGGCAUGACGUGAAACAUCAGACAGUCCAGGACAUAGAGACGAUCUGAGAGCGCAGAUCACACACACAGGCUGAGGAAUAAAUCCCUUCCCAAGGGCAGAUUGGAAGUUAGAAAACGACAGAACAAUGCUUCGAAAAUUACAAGUGAAAAUAAUUUGCAACCUAGAACUUUAUACCUACCCAAGUGGUCAGUCAAGUGUGACAGUAUGACAACAUUUUCAGAUAUGCAAACUCUUACUUUUAAAAAUUCAUUUUCAAAAUACAUGUUUUCAGGAGCCUACUAAAGGAGGAGCUCCAAAUCAAGGGAGCAAACCAAGAAAGAGGAAGAAGGGGCUGGCCACUGUGCUGUAAUCCCAGCACUUUGGGAGGCUGAGGCAGGUGGAUCACGAGGUCAGGAGUUCGAGACCAGCCUGUCCAAUAUGGUGAAACCCCGCCUCUACUAAAAAAUACAAAAAUUAGCUGGGUGUGAUGGUGCGUGUCUGUAGUCCCCACUACUCAGGAGGCUGAGGCAGGAGAAUCGCUGGAACCCGGGAGGCGGAGGUUGCAGUGAGCCAAGAUCACACCACUGCACUCCAGCCUGGUGACAAAGCAAGACUCCGUCUAAAAAAAAAAAAAAAAAAAGGAAGAAGUGGAAUCUUGUAAAUGGGGUUUCAUAGAAAAAAAGUGGUGAGGGGCAUCCCCACGUGACAACGGAGCCCCAGGGCUGGGCAGAGAGAGCCGCGUGUCCUGGGACCGUCCGAUAUUUCCCACGGUCCACUCUGGAGCCACAGUGACUUACUUUCCUUCCACAAGUGAAAUGUGCUCGCCACCCCCCACUCAAGCCACCCAGAGGUCUCUUCCUGCUGCUGUCUCAGCUCAGAGGCCAUCAGCUCAUGAUUCUCCUCUGGUCCAGAUGUGUGUGAGAUGCCUCUUGAGGCUAUAAACUAAAGAAAAAAUUACCUGCCUCUGCCCCAGCACAGGAUUUUGAGACAGGCCCAGGAUAAGCACAGUAACUCUCUCGUUUGAAAAAGAGAGGUGGGGGCUCGUCCACUGCAGACCCCAGUCUGUAGUACUUUUGUGACUCAGUCAACAGCAUGUUGCCACGGGACCUCAUUAAGGGGGCAGAGUCUGUGUCUUUUUUAGGGCCUCAUUUUCCCUGGAAGUGACAUUAUUAUCCUUUUUUUUUUCCCUCAGAUUUUGGCUCUGCCCUUCGUCUCUCUCCUCUGUGUUUUUAGAUGUCCGAUAGCCUGUAUUUGAGGCUAAGCAGCUUUCUUAGCUGCUUACUGCCUGUAGAAGGAGGGAACCCAAAGGCUUCAUUUUCAGCUGUUUCCAUCUCUGUUCAUUUAAACUGACACAAUGCCCUUAAAAAUCUGGUGGGUUUCGGGCCGGGCGCGGUGGCUCACGCCUGUAUCCCGCACUCUGUGAGGCCAAGGUGGGCGGCUCACGAGGUCAAGAGAUUGAGACCAUCCUGGCCAACAAGGUGAAACCCCGUCCCUGAUAAAAUGACAAAAUUUAGCUGGGUGUGGUGGUACGCACCUGUAGUCCCCGCUACUCAGGAGGCUGAGGCAGGAGAAUCACUUGAACCCAGGAGGCAGAGGUUGCAGUGAGCCGAGAUCGCGCCACUGCCCUCUAGCCUGGCAGAAGAGCGAGACUCCAUCUCAAAAAAACAAACAAACAAAAUCUUGUGGGUUUCUUAGAUUAUAUUCUCCACUAGACAAAAAAUACACUUAAACAUUUGUCAGUGUUUUCUCUGUUUCAUAUGAUGUGUUAGCAUGUUGUGGGAAAACAUCCUUUAGGGUCUUAGAAACACUUUUGUCUAGCUGAGAGGAUUGGUACUAUAUACUAUCUUCCAGCAUAUUUUUUUCUUUUUUUUUUAGAGACAGGCUCUUGCUCUGUUACUCAGGCUAGAGUGCAGUGGUGCAAUCAGUUCACAACAGCCUUGAACUCCUGGCCUCCCACCUCAGCCUCCCAAAGGGCGGGGAUUACAGGUGUGAGCCACCACACCCAGCCCCAACAUAGUAAACCUUUCUGGGGCCUUGACAAUGGAUAUGGCCACAACCUUGAUUUUAUCUUUAUCCUGAGGCCACUUACUACUUGAAUUCUUUGCAGGCAGUGGUGAUACACCCUACAGUCCCAAAUGAUCAGGAUGCUGAGGCAGGAGGAUCCCUUGAGCAAUAUAGGGAGAUCUUGUCUCUAAAAAAUAAAAGUAAAUUUAAAACAACUUUUAAAAGAAAAUGCUUUGCUGACUGCAGAGACAAGAUGUGAGAUGGUUUUGUUUCCCAAGCCAGUUCAGGCCCCGGCUCUGUGUCCUCCAGAUUCCGCCUGCAGACUAGACGAUCCCUCCUUUCACACAUUUCACGCUCGCAGGCCUCACCAGUGCCAUGAGGAGCGUUCCGCUGACAUUUUUCCCACUCUGUCUGGAGCUCUGCUUAGCUGGGUCCAUUUUCUAAUUUCCAAGUUACUGAAGGCAAUUUUUUUUUUUUUUUUUUUUUUGAGACAGAGUCUGGUUCUGUUUCUCAGGCUGGAGUGCAGUGGUGCGAUCUCGGCUUACUGCAGCCUCUGCCUCCCGGGUUCAAGUGAUUCUCCUGUCUCAGCCUCCUGAGCAGCUGGGAUUACAGGUGCCCGCCACCACGCCUGGCUAAUUUUUGUAGUUUUAGUAGAGACAGGGUUUUGCCAUGUUGGCCAGGCUGGUCUUGAACUCUUGACCUCAGGUGAUCCACCCACCUUGGCCUUCCAAAGUGCUGGGAUUAGAGGCACGGGCCACAGCACCUGCCCAAAGGCAAUUUUUUUCCACCCAAAUUUUUCACUACUACCUAAUCAUGGUUUCCUCUGCUAAUAGCCUCCUCCCCGUGUUUCUGGCCUCCAGCCCCAGACUGCACUCACAGUCAGUGCACUGCGUCUUAGGUGUUGCUUCUGCCAACAGCUGUCUUACACGAGGUGGCUCUGCCGGCACCUGUCUUAGACGAGGUGGCUCUGCCGGCACCUGUCUUAGACGAGGUGGCUCUGCCAACACCUGUCUUAGACGAGGUGGCUCUGCCGGCACCUGUCUUAGACGAGGCUGCUGUGUCAAAAUUCCACAGACCGACUGGCUUCACAGCAGACAUUUCUUUCUCCCAGCUCUGCAGGCUGGGAGUCCAGCCUCCAGGUGCCACAGACCCAGUUCCUGUUGAGGGACCACCCCCAGCUUACGGACAGCAGCCUCUUGCUCAUGUGGCUGUCCCCGUGUGUGCUCCUGGAGAGGAGGCUCCGGUGUCUCUUCCCAUGAGGGCGCUCAUCUCAUCGUGAGGGUCCCCCAGGAUCUUCUCUCAACCUGCUCCCCUCCCAAAGGCCCCACCUGCAACACUGUCUUGCUGGGGGUGAGGACUUUAACAUGUGAACUGGAGGUGGGGGACAAGUAUCCAGUCCACAGCAACCCCAACUCUGGGACCCAGUUUCUCUACUGGCACGUGCUGAGUAACCACCCACCCAGACGCCUGGUGGCUCACAGCUGCAGGGACACGGUGCUUCUGUGGCCGCAGGCGUGAGGACCUGGGUCCUGGCCUCCCUGGGGCCUGUUCCUUGGCUGUGCUCGGUUGCUCAGGGCUGCUCUGGUCCUGCAUCCCCAAGGAGAGCCCUUGUGAGGUCACAGGUGCAGAAGGAAGCCUGUCCGAUGCAGACGGAUGUUCCAGCCAGGCAGAGAGGAGAAAAUCAGUACCUAAAGCAUCUGACAGAAAAGGAAAAAAAGAUCCAAAAGAAACCAUUUAGAAUAGACUCAGAGGACAUAACACACCUGGGACUGACUUAGAUGAUAUUUAGGAAAGAUGUGUAAGAUUUCUACAUGUAAACUGAGACAUGGGAUGGUAUUAUUACAAAUUUUCCUAAGCCAGGGUCACCCAUGCUGGAGGGCCAUGGUACAAUCACAGCUCACUGCAGCCUCAACCUCCCGGGCUCAUCCUCCAACCUCAGCCCCACGGGUAGCUUGAGAUUACAGGCGUGCACCACCAUGCCCAGUAAUUUUGGGGGCUUUUGUUUGCUUGUUUUGGGAGAGACAGGGUCUCAUUAUGUUGCCCAGACUGUUGAGAUGGAACAUUACUCACAAACAUGUAAAAACUCAAACGAUGGCGGGUCUGCCCAUUCAUGGAUGGAGCAGGGGGUGUCAGCAUGUAAAAACUCAAACAAUGGUGGGUGCCUGUUCGUGGAUGGAGCAGGGGAUGUUGCGGAGCUGGAGCAUUACUCAGACAUGCAAACAACGGCGGGCGUGCCCAUUCGUGGAUGGAACGGGGGGGUAUCAGGGAGAUGGAGCAUUACUCAAAGACAUGUAAAAACUCAAACAAUGGUGGGCGUGCCUGUUCGUGGAUGGAACAGGGGGUGUCGGGAAGGCUUUGGGGCUCCCGGUUGCUGUCAGUCGCCCGUGAGACCCGAGCAGCAGUCGCUCUGUUCUUGUGAUCAUGGCUGAGUGGGAUCCAGUGUGAGUCUCCACCCGGCCUGUUACCCAGUUCCAGCUGCAGGGCCUGUGCGCCCUUUUCCGCCUGGGCAGCAGUGAAUGAAGUUGCUCUAAGUCCCUUGCUGCUCUUGGUGCACUUAAGAGAGGGCUCGCAGGCCACAGGGUAACAGGAGAGGCUGAGUGCGUGGCAUCCUCCAUCAUGGAAACGCAUCUCGCGCCAGCACACGCAGCUGGCUUUUCCACUACUUUUGCCCGUCGAUGGCACCACCCAGCUUUUCUCUGGGUGGGACAGGUAUCUCUCCACCUGGGGUUUCUACUCUGCAUGUUUUAUCUUUUUUUUUUUUUUUUUUUCUUGAGAUGGAGUUUCACUCGUCGCCCAGGCUGGAGGAUAAUGCCAUAAUCUCAGCUCACUGCAACCUCCGCCUCCCAGGUUCAAGUGAUUCUCUUGCCUCAGCCUCCUGAGCAGCUGGGACUACAGGUGCCUGCCACCAUGCCUGGCUAAUUUUUGUAUUUUGAGUAGAGACAGGGAUUCACCAUGUUGGCCAGGCUGGUCUUGAACUCCUGACCUCAGGUGAUCCGCUCGCCUCGGCCUCCCAAAGUGCUGGAAUUACAGGCGUGAGCCACCGCGCCCGGCCAUGUUUUAUCUUUUAUCCAGGUAGUCUGUGACUAUCCAAACGAGGCUCUGACAGUCUACAGGGAUCGUUGUCAGUCUGGAGAGAGUUGGGUUAAAGGCAGGUUGUUCGGGGUGAGAAGGGGACGCUGAGGCAGCAGGUGGUCACAGCCUCACGUCUCAGAAGGAUGCGCUGAGCAGGCCCGGGGUUUUGGGCAAGUGAGGUCCACAGCCCUCUAAUGAGUACCUUUAGAGGCCACUGGCCUGCAAGUUCUGAUGAUGGGGAACAGCCUUAGGGGCCUCUCCCUGGAGCUCCCACUCGCCCCCUCGCCCCCCACCCUGCUGUGUCCUGAGCUGUGGCUUGGGAGAUGUUUCUGGACUGGGACCAGACCCCGCAACCUAGAGAGCCAGCUCUAGGCUGGGAAUUCCUGGGCUUAAUGUCCAGGCAUGAAGUCAGCUCCUUGUGUGUCCUCAUCUGUACAGUGAGGGAAGGGCCCGUCACCGUCUCCGCGAGGACAGACUCCGAGGUGACGUGGGUCGGGCCUGCACCCUCAGUGGUUUCCUUUCUGGAGUCUGGGCCUGCUCGGCCAGUGCCCUCAUUUUCUGUGGAGCUGUUCCAUGUCUGGGCACAGAAGCACCUCUCUGGGAGCAGGUGGGGACGUGAGAGCCCCCUGCUGGAACUGUUCUGUCGCAGGCCCCGGGAGGAGCUGGACCUGCUGCCUGAGCCCCUUGGGGCAGCGGGUGAGCCGCGGUGUGAGAGACUCGGGCCUGGAGCACCAAGGGCCCCACAGCAGGAGGGAUGGGGGUGCAGCCUCCAGGGCGCUGGGGUCCUCUUGGCUGACCAGGAGCCUUACACAGGGGCUGCCUCAUGGGUUUGGCGGGAGCCCCGGCGUGAGGGAGACAGCCACAGAGGCAGCCCCGAAAGCAAAGCGCGGAGCAGAUGGCAGAGGAUCCCACGUGGAAGAGAAGAGGGCGGCAGAGGAGAGGGCGGCAGAGGGUCCCGCGUGGCAGAGAAGAGGGCGGCAGAGGGUCCCGCGUGGCAGAGGAGAGGGUGGCAGAGGGUCCAGCGUGGCAGAGGAGAGGGCGGCAGAGGGUCCCGCGUGGCAGAGGAGAGGGCGGCAGAGGGUCCCGCGUGGCAGAGGAGAGGGCGGCGGAGGGUCCCGCGUGGCAGAGAGGGUGGCGGAGGGUCCCGCGUGGCAGAGGAGAGGGCGGCGGAGGGUCCCGCGUGGCAGAGGACAGGGCGGCGGAGGGUCCCGCGUGGCAGAGGACAGGGCGGCGGAGGGUCCCGCGUGGCAGAGGAGAGGGCGGCGGAGGGUCCCGCGUGGCAGAGGAGAGGGCGGCGGAGGGUCCCGCGUGGCAGAGGAGAGGGCGGCGGAGGGUCCCGCAUGGCAGAGGAGAGGGCGGCGGAGGGUCCCGCGUGGCAGAGAGGGCGGCGGAGGGUCCCGCGUGGCAGAGGGCAGCCGACAGGCAGCUCUGGGAGGAUACAGGGUUGGGAAGCUCAGGCAGAAGGCCAUCGUAAGAGCUGAGAGCUACGUGUGGAGAGUGUGGAGGUGACGAGAACUGAACGGGGGCCGCUGGGCUUAGUGACCAGGCAGCAACUGUGCCCUUGCUGAAUUCCAGGCGCUAAAGAACUUGGUGAAGAGUCCGGGCCCCGCUGAGAGGGUGGCGUGUGUGCAAAUGUGGAAUCCUCACCCAAAGUCCUCAGCCUCAGAGCACACGAAGGUGUUUCUCCUCCCCUGUCGAGCGGGAACCGGGGGUCCAGGCUGGGACGCUGAUUGGAUGUGACAGCCCAGCAGACUCCAUGCUCGGGGUAGAGGCUUCAAAGGACACGGCAGGCGUCAGGGACUUUUCUUUCUCUUUGAGAUGGGGUCUUGCUCUGUUGCCCAGGCUGGAGUGCAGGGGCACAAUCACAGCUCACUGCACCCUCAAUGUCUGCUCAAGCGAUCCUCCAGCCUCAGGCCU